AUGGUGGGCACAUUGGUCAACUGCUCUGCCUACUACAGUGUGUCUGCUGCCAAGGCUGAGCUUCUGAACAAAAUCAAAGAUAUGCCAGAGGAGGUGGCUGAGGAAGAGGAGCAGAUGGAUGUCAAUGAAAAAAAGGCUGAGCUUAUUGAAAGCCUCACCCACAAGCUGGAGACACUCCAGGAAGCCAAGGGGAGUCUGCUCAUGGACAUCAAGCUUAAUAAUGCCUUGGGAGAAGAGGUGGAGGCUGUGAUCAGUGAGCUCUGCAAGCCCAAUGAGUUUGACAAGUACAAGAUGUUCAUAGGGGACCUGGACAAGGUGGUGAACCUGCUGCUCUCCCUCUCGGGGCGCCUGGCCCGUGUAGAGAACGUCCUUAGCGGCCUUGGUGAAGACGCUAGUAAUGAAGAAAGGAGCUCUCUGAACGAGAAAAGGAAGAUGCUGGCUGGGCAGCACGAGGAUGCCCGGGAGCUCAAGGAGAACCUCGAUCGCAGGGAGCUAGUGGUGCUGGACAUCCUGGCCAAUUACCUCUCGGAGGAGCAACUCCAGGAUUACCAACACUUCGUGAAAAUGAAGUCGACACUCAUCAUCGAGCAGCGCAAGCUGGACGACAAGAUAAAACUGGUCCAAGAGCAGGUCAAGUGUCUGCUGGAGAGUCUGCCCUCAGACUUCACUCCCAAGACUGGGGCCCUGGCUCUGCCUCCAGACCUCACCAGCGAAACGACUCCUGUUGGGGGAUGUACUUUCAGUGGCAUUUUUCCAACAUUAACCUCUCCAAAAAUACCCCACCAAAAGAUCCCGGCUUCUCUCAACACUAUUUAA